GUCCCUGUGAAACUGUAGAGGGAGGGCUUUUUUUCCCCAUGGUGUUGAUCACAACUGAUGGAAACCUCCGUGCCUGCGCCACCUUAGUGUGAGCACUGUAGUCCUCCUGUCCAGCAGAACAGCCGAUAGUAACAGGGGGUCUGUGGGAGCGCUCGGUCGGACCGGGAGGCAGCAUCAUGAAGUUGACGGUCCUCCUCCUCCUCCUCUGCCCGCUGUCCCUCGCCGACAUCCCCGCUCCGAAUGAGUUUGUGUCCUUGGCGGAGAUGGAGGACGCCCUCCUGAGGAGCCUUUUCCAAGGCUACCAGCGCUGGGUCAGGCCCAUCCAGCACGUCAACGACACUGUUAGGGUACGCUUCGGACUCAAGAUCUCCCAGCUGGUUGAUGUGGAUGAGAAGAAUCAGCUAAUGACAACCAAUGUUUGGCUGUGGCAGGAGUGGACCGAUUACAAGCUGCGAUGGAAUCCAGACAAAUACGGAGGUAUCACUUCCAUCAGAGUCCCCUCUGAAAUUAUUUGGCUCCCAGACAUCGUCCUCUAUGAGAAUGCUGAUGGGCGGUUCGAGGGCUCCCUGAUGACCAAAGCCAUUGUCAAGUUCAACGGUGUCAUCACCUGGACGCCACCUGCUAGUUACAAAUCCGCCUGCACUAUGGACGUCACCUUCUUCCCUUUUGACCGCCAGAAUUGCACCAUGAAAUUUGGCUCCUGGACAUAUGAUGGCAAUAUGGUGGACCUGGUCCUGAGAGACAACCAGGUAGAUCAGAAGGACUUCUUCGAUAAUGGGGAGUGGCAGAUCCUAAAUGCCACUGGAGCCAGAGGGAACAGGAAGGACGACAUAUAUUCGUACCCCUUCCUCACUUAUUCCUUCAUUCUGAAGAGGCUGCCGUUGUUCUACACACUUUUCCUCAUCUUCCCCUGUUUGGGUUUGUCCUUUCUGACCGUCCUGGUGUUUUACCUUCCCUCGGACGAAGGAGAGAAGCUGUCACUCUCCACCUCUGUGCUUGUGUCGCUCACUGUGUUCCUCCUGGUCAUAGAAGAAAUCAUUCCCUCCUCCUCCAAGGUGAUCCCGCUCAUUGGAGAGUACUUGCUGUUCAUCAUGAUCUUUGUGACACUCUCAAUCAUCGUCACUGUCUUUGUCAUCAAUGUGCACCACCGCUCCUCAGCCACCUACCACCCCAUGUCGCCGUGGGUUCGUAAUCUCUUCCUUCAGAAGCUGCCGAGGAUGCUCUGCAUGCGUGGGCACAUCGACCGCUACCACUACCCAGAGCUGGCUCCUGAAAGCCCAGAGCUGAAGGCCCGCUCUGGAGGUCGGAAAGGAGGCCAGAGGGCAAAAAGCGGAGCCCACGGACAGACAACUUCUGAGGGGAAGGAGGACGAGGCCUGGGCGACCAUGUUGGACAAGGCUGUCUACUCAGUGCGCUACAUCAGCAGACAUAUCCGCAAGGAGCACUUCAUCCGCGAGGUGGUACAAGACUGGAAGUUUGUGGCUCAGGUGUUAGACAGGAUCUUCCUGUGGGUGUUUCUCACCGUCUCAAUACUGGGCACUGUCCUCAUCUUCACUCCAGCUCUGUACCUGUUUUUUAAAAUCCCUACUCCAAUUGCAAGUGAGGAUUCACCUUCAAACUAGACAAUAACACCACUUUCACAGGCAAGUGACCAUCAACCUUCAAGAAUCUACAACGCAUUUGUUACCACUGAGCAAGAGGAAGACACUUCAGGUGUUUUGUAAUGGAUAACUUUGACUCUCUGACUUCUCCAGAGAUCCACUGUGUAAAAUGUUCUCUAUGUCGUUAAGUCAUUGUAUCUGUACAUGUUAUGCACAUUAUACCACAUUUCGAAUUAUUAUGAUAAUAUAAUGCUUUGCUUAUAGAGAAAUAAUACAAUUUUUGUGAAAAUGAAUGCAACCUGUAUUGCUUUUCAGCCAAACAAUUGAAAUUCAACACAUUCGGAUUUGGUGGAUCAUGAUGGGUUUAAGUAGCAUGCAGCUAUUAAUGCACUAGAUUACACAUAAUGGUAAUUUUAGAAAGGUAUUCAAGCUAAAAUUAUAUGAAACGUGCAAAAAAACAUCAAAAAAGAGAUAAUUCACUAUUUCAUCAUUGACUUAAUUUACAUCAAACACAACUUCCUCUCUAUUGGUUUAUCUUUCUAAUUGACAUUGUCUUUAAUUUGGUGUAUCUGGUUGACCAUCUCAAAUCCCCAAUGUCAAACUAUCACUUCAACAAUAUGUUCAUUUUAUAUGUCACUAAUACGUUACUUACUGUAACUUCUUUUUACUAGUAUAUUGUAAGAAAAAUAAAUGAUUUAUUCUCUCAAGGUACCAACAACCUUUGAACUACCUUACACAUUCAUUAGAUAUGCGACAACCUGUUUUCUGUUUGCAGAAUCUUUGAAGACGUUAGCAUACUUUAGGGGAAUAAAGACAUUAAGAGCUCUAAUUUGUGAUGUUGCAUCUGAAUAGUCUGGACUUUUUGUUGUUGUGUUUCUCACCCUCUUCAAACACAAAAUGUGCUCUAUUUUGGUCACUGCAGUGAUUUUAAGCAACAUAAUAUAUAGUGUAAUAAAUAAAUUAAGACCGAAUGGACAUUUCAUCUUGAAAUGGCACAAUCCUCAAAGGUACAGUAUUUGUAUUGUUCAAAUGUACUUUAUCGCACUAGUUGGUUUAAAUACAUGAGGCUUUAUUUCUUGUUAUUAAUGCCAUACUUACCUCUGUUCUAUUGAAAAUUAAAG